UUGGCGCGGGCAGUGGGGCCAUGGCGGUGCCGGGCAGCGGGCGCCGCGUUGCGGGGCUCCCCCUGCGCCGCUGGCUGCAGCCGCUGGCCGGGGCGCCGCGCCCGGAGCCGGCCCGGAGGGGUCGAGCCAGCGCGGCCGAAGCAGCCGCUGCGGCGCCGGGCGAACAGCGGCUCAAGGACCCCGAGGAGCUGCCGGGGCCGGGGCUGCUUCGCUCCCUCUACUGGAUCUUCGUGCGCGGCUACCUGCUGCACACGCACCAGCUGCAGGUGCUGUUCCGGAAGCUUUACGGCCCCAUGUGGAAAUCCACCUUUGGGAAGUACAAGAACGUGAACAUCGGGAGCCCGGAGAUCCUGGAGCAGCUGCUGAGGCAGGAGGGGAAAUACCCCAUGAGGAGCGACAUGGCCCUGUGGAAGGAGCAUCGGGAUAUCCGGCAGCUGCCCUACGGCCCGUUCACCGAGGAAGGGGAACGCUGGUACCGUCUGCGCCAGGUCCUCAACCAGCGGAUGCUGAAACCGUCGGAGGCCAUGCUGUACGCGGGGGCCAUCAACGAGGUGGUGUCGGACCUGAUGGUCCGGCUGCAGGCAGAGAGGGCGGGGAGCCCCUCGGGGGUCCUGGUGGGGGACGUGGCCAACCUGCUCUACAGAUUCGCCCUGGAAGGCAUCUCCUACAUCCUCUUCGAGACCCGCAUCGGGUGCCUGGAGCGGGAGAUCCCCGCGGAGACGCGGCGCUUCAUCGACGCCAUCGGCCUCAUGCUGAAGAACUCCAUCUUCGCCACCGUCAUGCCCCAGUGGAGCCGGGAGCUGCUGCCCUUCUGGAACCGCUACCUGGAGAGCUGGGACACCAUCUUCGCCUUCGGCAAGAAGCUGAUUGACAGGAAGAUGGAGGAGCUGGAGGGGCGUCUGGAACGAGGCGAGCUGGUGUCGGGCUACCUGAGUUAUCUGCUGGCCAGCGGCACGCUGACGCCGGAGGAGGUGUACGGCAGCGUGGCCGAGCUGCUGCUGGCCGGCGUAGACACGACGUCCAACACCUUGUCCUGGGCCCUCUACCACCUGGCCAGGGCCCCAGAGACCCAGAUCUCCUUGUACCAGGAGGUGAACAGUGUCGUGCCCAGAGAGAGGAUCCCCAGUGCCGAGGAUCUCGCCAAGAUGCCGCUGCUCCGGGCCAUUAUCAAGGAAACGCUCAGGCUGUACCCCGUGGUCCCCACCAACGCCAGGGUCAUGGUGGAGAAGGACGUCGUCAUUGGAGGCUAUCACUUCCCGAAGAACACUCUCUUCGUCCUGGCUCACUAUGCGAUGGCGCACGACCAGAGCAGCUUCCCGGAGCCCGAGCGCUUCCUGCCCCAGCGCUGGCUCCGGGGCCAUGGCUCCGCCCACCACCCCUUCAGCUCCAUCCCCUUCGGCUACGGGGUCCGCGGCUGCCUGGGCCGGCGCAUCGCCGAGCUGGAGAUGCACCUGGCUCUGGCCAGGCUCGCCCGGACGUUCGAGCUGCGGCCGGACCCCCAGGGCACGGAGGUGAAGUCUGUCUCCCGCAUUGUCCUGGUGCCCAACAAGCCCAUCAACCUGCAGUUCAUUGCCCGGCCGCCAGCCCCCUGAACGCGCCCACCCUGCAUUGCUCCUCCCACGCCCUGGCCAGGGCACCGUGCGAGUCCGCCCCUCACCUGGGCCUGCCGGGCAGGAUGGGUCUGCCCUGGGCCCGGCUCUCUCCCCGUCAGGCCCUGGUGACGGCAGCUGCCCACGGAUCAGGCUGGAGGUGGGAUCUUGGCUGGCGGGGGCGGGGCAGCCGUGGGAUCUCAAUGUAGCUGGAAUCAGUGGGUGUUCCUGGGCCUGUCGCUCUCCAACGUUACGGGGGGUUGAACAGCGUCUGGGGAUCUCACACCACCCCGAAGAGCAGCUUGCCCCCCUCUCCCUCGCCCUGAUCUCCCCCUGCCCCAGGGCUGCCCGUUCCUGGCUGGGGGAGUGCAGGGCUGGGCGGAGGGAGGGGUUGUGGGUUUUGCCCCCAGGGAGAAGCCCCAAUGUGCCCCCGCUGCUCUAGCGCCACCUAGGCCCUCCCCGCUGUCAUAAACAUACAGCUCCGGGGAGCAUCAAAUCCCUCCUUUACCUGUAAAGGGUUAAGAAGCUCAGAUUAUCUGGUUGGCACCUGACCAAAAGGACAAUAAGGGGAGACGAUCCUUUCAAAUCUCGGGGGGAGGUUUUUGUUUGUACCUCUUUAUGUUUCUCUCCUGGCCAGAGACGGACCAGGGCAGGAAAAAAACCUCUCUUAAAGCCCUACCUGAAAUAAGCAUCUAAGAUUACAAACAGUGUAAGUAAGGCAAGGAAAUGCGUUCGAUUAUCUUUUGUUUUAGCUUGUGAAUUUUCCCUAGGCUAAGAGGGAGAUUUAUUCCUGUUUUUUGUAACUUUACAAUUUUGCCUAGAGGGGAAUCCUCUGUGUUUUAAAUCUUAUUACCCUGUAAAAUUAUCUUCCAUCCUAAUUUCACAGAGGUGCUUCUUUUACUUUUUUCUUUAUAAUAAAGUUCUGCUUUUAAGAACUUGA